CCGGCCCGCCUGGCGGACUGGGCUGUCUUGCCGCUCCUCCCCCGCGCUGGGACGGAGCUGACCCCGCCGGGCCCGCCCCGAGCCUGCGUCACCCGAGGUAAGGUCGCCGCUCUCCGCCAGUCGGGAAGGCGUAAGACGACGCUACUCCGAGAGAGUCCCGGCUGGCUGCAGUCUGCGCUCGAAGCGGCGCCAUGCUCGGCCUCCGAAGCUGCCUGACCAGGGUUCUGGCCGCGCGGACGCUCGCGCCUCAGAUGUGUUCAUCUUUUGCUACGGGCCCCAGACAAUACGAUGGAACGUUCUAUGAAUUUCGUACUUAUUGCCUUAAACCUUCAAAGAUGAAUGAGUAUAUGGAAAAGGUUAAGAAAAACGUUCAUCUUCGGACAGCUCACUCGGAGUUGGUUGGAUUCUGGAGUGUAGAAUUUGGAGGCAGAAUGAAUAAAGUGUUUCAUAUUUGGAAGUAUGAUAAUUUUGCUCAUCGCACUGAAGUUCGGAAAGCCUUGGCCAAAGAUAGGGAAUGGCAAGAACAGUUUCUCAUUCCAAGUUUGGCUCUCAUUGAUAAACAAGAGUUUGAGAUUGCUUACCUGGUGCCAUGGAGCAAAUUAGAAAAACCUCCAAAAGAAGGAGUCUAUGAACUGGCUACUUUUCAGAUGAAACCAGGUGGGCCAGCUCUGUGGGGUGAGCCAUUUAAAAGGGCAGUUAAUGCCCAUGUCAAUCGAGGCUACUCAAAGCUAGUUGGAGUUUUCCACACAGAAUACGGCACACUCAACAGAGUUCACGUUCUUUGGUGGAAUGAAAGUGCAGAUAGUCGUGCAGCUGGGAGACAUGAGUCUCAUGAGGAUCCCAGAGUUGUGGCGGCAGUUCGGGAAAGUGUCAAUUACCUAGUGUCUCAACAAAAUAUGCUUCUGAUUCCUGCAUCAUUUUCACCAUUGAAAUAGUUUUCCACUGAAAUACGAAGUACUACAUUAACUGCCGUAAGAUGUGUCUGCUGAAAGUGCUUAAAUUCUCCCAAGAGAUUCUCACUUUUAUUUGAAGGAGGUGGUAAGUUAAUCGCUGUGUCUCUGCAUUUUUAAAGUCAUCUCUGUCCUUUGUCACUACCACCUCAGGAACUAGUUCUGUUCAUUUUCCCCAUGGUGUUUUAGUAUCUAUUAUACAUUAGAAAUAGAUGCCACUACUUCAUGAUUUUGGCUUUUCAUUUGUUUCAGAAUAUCUGUUAUUCUCUAUUUUGACAACCCUUUGUUUUAUAGCACUUUCUUAUAUUCAAAUUAUGGUUUUACAUUUCUGUGCCUGACAAUAUUUUAAAAUUAUUUAUAUUCAAUAUCUAUCUUUUCAUCAUGAUCAUGUCUAUUUUUUCUGAGGUUUAAAAAAAUUUUUUGCCCAGUAAAGUUUAUUUUUUGAUACCAAAUGAGAUUCAAAGAAUAUUAGAUCAAAUAUAUUUCUUUAUUUUGGGAAAAUACAGUGUCACCUGUGUCAUCUGUAUUGAUUAUAUUUUUGCAUUAAUUAUUAGUAACUCUAAUGUGGAAAAUGAUGUAAUUGGGUCUCAGUGUUAAAAAAAACUUCAGAAGACCUGUUUUAUAUGCUGAAAUGUGUUUAUUUAUAGUUAAUUUUUGUCCAUUUUGGAUCACUAUUUAACUGUCUUAUACUUGGGGCAUCUAUCUGUUUUGGAGAAAUCUUUAUGUUUGUGGAAAUGUUUGCUCUAAUAAAAGCCUACAUAUCCAU